AUGAUAAAUUUCAGGGAAGAUGCACUUAUGUGUGAUGUAAAAAUAGCAAAUUGGAAAGAAUUGCCCGAAGAUUUGCUAAUAGAAAUUCUUCUCAUGUUGUCUGUGAAAUCUUUGAUUCGAUUUAGAUGUGUUUCUAAAACUUGGAGAGAACUCAUAAAGAGCACCAAGUUCAUUGCUAUGCAUUUUGAAUGUAACAAAGAUAAAAUAGUCCUCAUCUGCCGUUAUGUGCAAAAAGAGAACCAACAUGUGAUCUCUUUGCAUUCAAAUGAGGAUUCUCUUAGCCAAGUAUCAACAAAUGUCAGAAUUCCGUAUUUUGAUGAACGAACAGAACUGCCAAUUUUGGGUCCAUGCAAUGGUUUGAUUUGCAUUACUAAUUAUUACACCAUCGUUCUGCGUAAUCCCGUAGUGCCAAGAAUUCCGAUUGACCAAUGGUUUGAAUUGUUCUUUAAUGGAGCAUGUCACAUUUCAUCAAGAAGGCCAUAUGCUAGUCGAAUUAUUCUUUGUUUCAUAAUAAGUAGUGAGGUUUUCACUAUCAUAGACUUUCCAUAA